AUGGCUGAGGGACCAGAGCCAGCCAGUGAGGAUUUCAGUAUCUGCACUGAUGAACUGCAUGAGGGGAUUGAGUCCAGCAGCAGCAAAUUUGCAGAUGACACCAAGCUGGGGAAGGCGCAGCAGCGCCUGAAGGAGCGGUACCGGCUGGGCUCGCUGCUGGGCCGGGGCGGAUUUGGCAGCGUCUUCGCAGCAACGCGGCUCUCGGACGGCGCCCCGGUAGCCAUCAAAAGGGUGCCACAGAACCGCGUCCAUCACUGGGGUGAGCUGCUGCUGGAGUGGGUUGAGCUCCCCAACGACAUCUUGAUGGUGCUGGAGCGCCCGGAGCACUGUCAGGACCUGCACCAUUUCAUUCGGGCACGGGGCUUCCUGUCCGAGGGGGUGGCGCGGCAGCUGUUCCACCAGGUGCUGGAGGCCGUCUGGCACUGCACCAGCUGCGGGGUCCUCCACAGGGAUAUCAAGCCAGAAAACAUCCUGGUUGACCUGGCCACCGGGCAGGCCAAAUUGCUUGAUUUCGGCUGUGGCACCUACCUGCAAGAGGCAGCCUACACUCACUUUGCAGGAACACCAUCAUACAGCCCCCCGGAAUGGACCCGCUUUGGCUGGUACUAUGGCGAGCCAGCUACCAUCUGGUCCCUGGGUAUCGUGCUGCACCAGAUGGUCUGCGGGGAGCACCCUUUCAGGAGGGACCAGAACAUCAGCUGGGACCAUCAGCUCUCGCUGCCACAACGGCUUUCUCCAGAGUGCCAAGAUCUGAUCAGGCAGUGUUUAUCCAUGCUGGACGUGGAAAGGCCCUCAUUAGAAGAGGUGUUCUGUCAUCCUUGGAUGCAGGAUAUUCAUCUGCCCUAGAAGAAGGGAGAGAGCCACAGGCACACUGUGCUGCAGGGCCCCGCUGGGGCCCUGGGCAGAGCCCUGACAGCCUGGUCUGAGCCCAGGGAAGGAGAAGGAGCCCCUGGAAAAUCUGUAUCAGGUGGGGCUGCUGCUGCAGGAGACAGCGAGGAUCACAUCAAGGAUGACAGCCUCUCCCUGGACCUGGCCACUGAGGAAUCGUUCCAGCUGGGAUUCAGUCUGGAUCAGGAAGUGCUUGGGAGCAGCUCUGGCGUGGAUGGGCCGUGCCCUUGGAGCAGGCUGAGGACAUCGUUUGGGACCAGCUUUUCUUCCAG